AACGAGAAAGAGUGAGUGCGUUAGGUUUAGACACUAGGCAACGGGCGGAGAGACAGACGUAGACACAGGAGAGAGAGAGAGAGAGAGAGGCGGCUCCUUGUCUCACCCACACCCAGUAGCCGGCAGAUCGAAAGGAUAUCUCUACGCCGGCGGGGGGGGUGAGGGGUGAAGGCCGUGGAGCCGCCGCUGGGGAGCGACCCUCCGCCGGCGCUUUCCGAGAUGAGGCAUCUGCUGAGUAGUUAAACUUGAAGGAAGCAUGGCUCAGUUUCCGACAGCUUUUGGAGCGGGCCUGGAUAUCUGCGCCAUUACCGUGGAAGAAAGAGCCAAGCAUGACCAGCAGUUCCAUAGUAUCAAACCAGUUGGUGGACUGAUUACUGGUGAUCAGGCCCGAAACUUCUUCCUUCAGUCUGGAUUACCUCCACCUGUACUUGCACAAAUAUGGGCCCUGGCUGACUUGAAUAAUGAUGGAAAGAUGGAUCAGUUGGAGUUUUCUAUAGCCAUGAAACUGAUUAAGCUAAAACUGCAGGGUCAUCCACUUCCCUCAACACUGCCUCCCAUAAUGAAACAAAUACCAGUAGCCAUUUCAACAGCAGGAUUUGGCAUUGGUAAUGUUUCAGCAAUGUCCUCAAUGGUCGCAGUAGCACCUUUGUCGAUGGCAGCAAUACCAGUGGUGGGUAUGUCACCACCAUUGGUGUCUUCUGUUCCAACAGCAGGAGUUUCUGCACUAGCCAAUGGGGCACCUUCUAUGGUACAGCCUCUACCUGCCUUUGCUCAUACGGGAGCCACAUUGCCAAAGAGUUCUUCGUUCAGUCGCUCUGCAUCAGUCAGUCAAGCAAAUGGAACAAAACUGCAAAAGGCACAAUCAUUUGACAUAGGAAAUGUCACUGUGCCACCUUUGGCUGCUGGUAUAGAGUGGGCUGUUCCACAGUCGUCGAGGUUGAAAUACAGGCAGCUUUUCAACAGUCAUGAUAAAACAAUGAGUGGACAUUUAACAGGCCCACAGGCAAGAACCAUCUUAAUGCAAUCCAGUUUACCACAAGCUCAGUUAGCAUCUAUAUGGAACCUUUCUGAUAUAGAUCAAGAUGGAAAGCUUACAGCGGAGGAAUUCAUUCUGGCUAUGCACUUAAUUGAUAUGGCAAUGUCAGGACAGCCAUUGCCUCCCGUACUGACUCGAGACUUGAUUCCACCAACUUUCCGAUGUUGCAGUCCAACAGUUCUGUUUGAAUAUUGCAGAAGAGCCAGGUCUGGUAGUGGAAUGUCUACUGGAAGCUCAUUGAGUAUUGAUCAACGAGUACCUGAAGAACCACAAGAAGAAGAAACUGAAAAAAAAUUGCCUGUGACAUUUGAGGAUAAGAAGCGUGAGAAUUUUGAACGGGGGAAUCUUGAACUGGAAAAGCGACGACAAGUUCUUCUGGAACAACAGCGAAAGGAGCAGGAACGACUUGCUCAAUUGGAACGUGCAGAGCAGGAACGGAAAGAGCGAGAGCGGCAAGAACAAGAAAGGAAAAGGCAGAUGGAGAUAGAAAAGCAGCUGGAGAAACAACGAGAAUUUGAGCGACAGAGGGAGGAAGAGAGAAGAAAGGAAAUAGAAAGGCGAGAGGCUGCAAAACGUGAACUUGAAAGGCAGCGCCAGCUUGAGUGGGAGAGGAAUCGUCGACAGGAACUCUUGAACCAACGCAACAAAGAACAAGAAGAUAUUGUAGCCUUGAAAGCAAGGAAAAAAACUUUAGAGUUUGAACUUGAAGCCCUUAAUGAUAAAAAGAAUCAGUUGGAAGGCAAGCUUCAAGAUAUCCGAUUUCGUCUGUCCACUCAAAGACAUGAAAUUGAGCAUACAAAUCAGACACGGGAGUUACGAAUUUCAGAAAUCACACAUCUACAGCAACAGUUGCAGGAAUUUCAACAGAUGCUCAGUCGACUGAUUCCUGAGAAGCAGUCUCUCAACGACAAACUGAAGCAGGUUCAACAGAACAGUCUACAUAGAGACACUAUUAUUACUGUUAAAAAGUCUUUGGAAAAUAAAGAAUUGACUAGACAACAUCUUCGUGACCAACUAGAUGAAGUUGAGAAAGAAACAAGGGCGAAACUCCAGGAGAUAGAUGUCUUCAAUAAUCAGUUAAAGGAACUGAGAGAAAUUCAUAGCAGACAGCAACUGCAGAAACAGAAGGAAGCUGAACUUGAAAAGCAAAAGCAGAAAGAGCAAGAGCGGAGGACAGCAGAACUUGAAAGACAACAUGAGAAAGAAGCUGCCCAGAGAUCUGCCCAAGAACGUGAUAAACUUUGGCAGGAACAAGUGCAAAGGGAUGAGGAUGAACGACUAAGGAAUCUCCAGGAACAGCAAAAUCGAAGACGGGAAGAAACCUCCCAAAAGAAGGAGAAAAGCAAGCAGGAAGUAUUGAGCAGAAUGUUUCAACAGCACCUGGACCCAGUGAAAGAGCAGUCUCGCAGUGGAUGGCAGCCACCAGAAAAACCUUCAUCUGUAAAUACUGAUCAAGAUGGUGUUAAGGUUGUAUAUUAUAGAGCAUUGUAUCCGUUUGAGGCUAGGAGCCAUGAUGAGGUUACUAUUUAUCCUGGAGAUGUCAUAAUGGUGGAUGAAAGUCAGACUGGAGAACCGGGAUGGCUUGGAGGUGAACUCAAAGGGAAAACUGGAUGGUUUCCUGCUAACUAUGCAGAGAAGAUUCCAGAGAAUGAAGUGCCGCCGAAUUUGCAAUCGGGAGCGAAGCUUACUGCAAAGAUUGCACCUCAUACAGUGGCUGCAAGUGUUGUGCAACCAACAACAGAGCCCGCAGUGUCCUCCAAUUGGGCAGAUUUUAGCUCAACAUGGCCCACAACAGGCAGUGAGAAGCCAGAGAGUGAUAAUUGGGAUGCCUGGGCAACACAGCCGUCACUAACUGUUCCUAGCACAGGGCAACCUCGGCAGAGAUCAGCCUUUACCCCAGCUACUGUGUCUGGAUCAUCUCCAUCACCUGUAUUGGGCCAGGGGGAGAAGGUUGAGGGACUUCAAGCACAAGCAUUAUAUCCUUGGCGGGCAAAGAAGGAUAAUCACCUCAACUUCAACAAAAAUGACAUAAUUACAGUUUUAGAACAGCAGGAUAUGUGGUGGUUUGGAGAAGUUCAUGGACAGAAGGGCUGGUUCCCCAAAUCCUAUGUGAAACUCAUUUCAGGACCUGUAAGAAAAUCCAUCAGUGUGGAUUCUACUUCUUCUGAAAGCCCUCCCAGCUUGAAGAGAAUGACCACCCCACCUUCAAAGCUGUCUGCAGCACAUGGGGAUGAACCCUGCAGGGAGGAGGCUGCUCCGCCUCGACCUCCCUUUCUCCCAAGGAAAGAUUCCAACUUGAGGGUUCCUUGCCCUUCAGAGACGGUCUUUGCUGCUUCUGGUGGAGAAGAAUUUGUUGCAAUGUAUACAUAUGAAAGUAAUGAACCCGGGGACUUGACUUACCAGCAAGGAGAUGUGAUUCUUGUGACGAAGAAAGAUGGUGACUGGUGGACAGGAGUUGUAGGAGAAAAAGUAGGGGUCUUCCCAUCCAACUACGUCAGACCAAAGGACUCUGAGGGACCUGGGCAAACUGGGAAGAGUGGAAGCCUUGGAAGGAAGCCUGAAAUUGCUCAAGUGAUAGCUCCUUAUACAGCAACUGGUGCUGAGCAACUUACCCUGGCUCCUGGUCAGCUCAUUCUCAUUCGCAAGAGAAAUGCUGGUGGAUGGUGGGAAGGGGAGCUUCAGGCUCGAGGAAAGAAGCGACAAAUAGGAUGGUUUCCUGCCAAUUAUGUGAAACUUCUCAGCCCCGGAACAAAUAAAAGUACUCCAAUUGAUGCUGCAAGACCACCCAUAACAAAUGUUUUGUUCCAGGUGAUUGGUAUGUAUGACUACAUUGCACAGAAUGAUGAUGAACUUGCGUUUGCCAAAGGACAGAUCAUCGGUGUUCUCAAUAAGGAUGAUCCAGAUUGGUGGAAAGGGGAGCUCAAUGGGGUCACUGGUCUCUUCCCAUCUAACUACGUGAAGCUAACAACUGAUAUGGACCCAAGCCAGCAAUGAUCAUAUGUUGCCCACCCCCCACUCAGGCUUGAAAGUCCUCAAAGAGACCCACUAUCCCAUAUCACUGCCAGAGGGAUGAUGGGAGAUGCAGCCUUGAUCAUGUGACUUCUGCAUGAUCAUCAACUGGCUACUGACUAGAAGAACACUGCAGAGCAGUUUUACCUCAUUUUACUUUAGUUGCGUAUAGUCCUAGAUAUUUUUAGUUUAAGUUUAUUAAAAUUUUUUAAAAGGAUAGUGGGUCCUUUUGUGGCUUUUGCUGCCCCAAUUUAUUUCGCACCUGUGGAAAACACUAGGUUUUUUUAAAGCAACCCUUUAAAAUUACGCCAGACCAAUUUUUUCCAUUUUAAAGAAAUUAAUUUUAAAUGCCUGCAUGUUUUUGUCUUGCAAAAUGACCCACUAUCAAGGAAUGCUGCAUGUGGUAUUAACUCUUCAGUAUGCCCUCCUUCAAAAACAUUUUUUAAUUCAGCAUCCGUUUAUAUUGAAUAAAUAUGUCACUGUGUCCAGUAUUAAAAAUAAUGCAAGUCAUGGCCAUUGUGUGAAAGGCAGAGUGUUUCUUGAAGGGGUUAUUGAUGCAGUUGAAUCCAAGUGUUGUUGUGGUAAUCCUUAAUUAAUCUUCAGCAUAUUAAGCUUUUAUCGGCCAAUUUCAAAUAAAAUGUCAAGCUGACUGGACUACAAUGUUUAAGAAAUGACAUAAUAUCUUCAGGUGCAAAACAAGUGUAUCUUGUGUCGUAGCCCCUUCAUUUAAGUUUGCUUCUGCUUUUCAGUGUGGGAAAAUGGUCAUUUGAACAAACAAUUCUUGACAAGAAAGAAUGUAUAGAAAUACUAUCCAAUUAACUACAGUGUUUACAAAUUGUAAUCUUUUAGUGCAUUGUAUUUAUACAAAUUAACAAACAAUGGAGCUUUUACUUAGAAAUGAGACAUUAAAUUCAAUUAAGUUCUGUGGCUCAGUUUGUCACCAUCAGGUGCUGUAAGUAUGAGGUUAUAUACAUGCUAAAAGCUUAUGUUCCGUUUAAAAUUAGUAAUUGUUUCAGGUUUUUUUUUAUUCUCUGCAACAUCAUUGUUUCCUAAAACAAGCAGUAUAAGUAGUGUUUGUUUCUCAUGAGACAUUUGGGUAGUGCACAAAACAAUUUGAGGCUCAAAUUUGGUUUCAUUUGUUUGUGAAGAAUUUCAUUGUUAUAAAUAUAAAGUAUAUAUAAAUAUAUAUGGAAUGACCAGUGUUAAGAGCUGGUUGUCACAUGCAUUCUUGAACUACAUGUACAGGUAAAAGAAUUAAAAGCUCCGUUUUGAAAUUGA